CAACAGCUGUCUGAAAAAGUGUUCUUCUUAGAAAUUUUGAAGAAACGUGAAGACAGCUUAGAGAAACAGAAAGCUGAACUUAUAAACCAGAAAAGCAUUCUUCUCAAAAACUUAACAGAUGUAAGGAGAAAAAUGACUGAAGAGGAAGAUAAUUUUACUAGGGAAGUAACAGAGUUUAAUGAUGAGUAUGGACUAACAAGCAAUAGAGAACUUAUGAUUAAAAAAAAAGUCAAGACUGAAAUAAAUGAUUUAGAGAAUGAAGCUGCUGUGUUAAAAAAUGAAAUGGAGACAAUGGAACAUAAGAAUGUUCAUUUAAAUGCACUGCAGCUGCAGAAGAAUGAAUUAAAGCAGGAAUUAUUUACUCUCAAAAGUGAACUCAAAGGCCUUGAGAAAUUAAUCAAGGAGGCUGAAGGAACGAUGAAAGAUUUAGAAGCAGAAAAUGUCCAAGUGACUGAAAAACCUCAGACCAAUCCAGAAUGUUUAAGGUAAGAGUCUCGUGUUAGUAGAUGCUUAAA